AAAGGAAAUGAAGAAAAAUGUGAAAGGAACAAGAAGAAAAUGUAAUCUUUUAAAUUCAAGCCCACCUGAGAUUACACUAAAUCUGGUUGGAUUUGUUUGUCUGUUUAGGCUGGAAAGGUUGACUAACUUUUUGCAUUAUUGUACAACAAUCAUGUUCAUUUAUAAACAUUUGUAUGAGAAAGAAAAAUAUACUAAGUGAUAGAAAUGUUUUUAUAAAAUUGUUUGGAUCAGUCAGAAGACGUUUGAUAAAGCAAAGUAACAAAAAAUGUUUCAGUAAGCUUUUAAAUAAAUAUCAUAGGUUCAGAUAUAAAUAUUAUGAAGAGCACUAUGACUUUCCUGAGACAGGCAUAAAGUGUCAUGCACUGGUUUCUAAAUGGACCCUUUUCUGUGCAGGACUGAAAACCAUGUAAGUGCUUAAACUGAAGUGUUUUUUGAUGGCAAAUGAGCAUCUAAAUACCUUUAAAAGCUCAUCCGUAAACUCCAAAGACAUUUAAAUGUUUUUGAAAGUUUCAACUCUAUAGGUAGAUUUAAGAAACCUUUCACCCCAUCCACAAUCAAGCUCUGUUUUUUAUUCCUGUACCAGCUUAGAAUAAUCUUGGUUUAAUAUCUGUAAUGCAGAUCUACAAAAAGCCAAAUCUGGUCUUGGGUUUUGCAGAUGACUGCCUUUCUCUACUGAUUAUUUUAUCUCACUGGAGUAAGACACAACUCAGAAGUGGCCAUUUCAUUUUCAUUCUUGACCUCUGCAGAGAUUAAGAAGCAACGUCCCUUCUUGGCUGCCAGGGAAAACUGUAAAGCUGAAUUGAAAUCAGCAGACCCAAGCAGGGAAUUUGAAAAAUCAAGCAAAAUACAGACAUUUUACCUUCAGGAAGUAACAGAAACAAACCAAAAAAUUCCAAGGUGUCUGAAAAUCCAUUUCUGCUAGCCCGAACUCUGUCCCCAUUUAGAAGUGAAUAACCUCACGGAUUUCAUCAAGCCUUCACUGGCACAGCUGGCAGCAAGUACAUCCUUUGGCCUUUUUUGCCUCCAAGAGAAAAAUGGCUUUGCUACAUGGCUAAUUAGAGUGCAGAGGACACUUCUUGGUUUAAUUUUGAAGGGACGGAAGGUAACUGGAGACCUAUUCUCUCUGUAUGUAGGAUAGCAGAACUAUCUAGCGUUUAUCUGAAUCAGUAAUGAACCCUGACCUCUUCAAUCACAUAAUCCAGAGAAAAUUAUUCUUGGUCUAAAAAAAAAACCUUCCAAAUGAUAAAUAGUCAACUGUAGAAGACCUGUUUUAACCUGAUUUGCCUUGGAUAUACAGUGCUUUUAGCUCCAAAAGGGAUUCUUUUUCUUUUAAAAAAAGUUAAUUCAAUUUUAUUCUCGUUUGUACAAUUUAUUUUUUCAUUACUUGGUUACUAAGUCCUCAUAAAAGUAAAACUGACUUCAGCAGACCUGUAAAUGGAAACUUAAAGAAAUGGGAUCAACUCCAUCACAUGGAUUUUAAGCAAAUUAGGGCCUUUUCUUUUUAUAAAUACAUAUUUUAUCCAAUCAAUGAAAACAAAGCAGUCCACAAAAUAGAUUCAAAGGAACAGAAUUGGAACUAUAAUAAAAAGUGAGACUGCAGAGAAGACCUGUGGAGAGCAAUGACGUAGUAGUAAUACUUAGAUACAAACUGUAUUUCAGAGAGUUCAAUCCCAUCUUUUGCUCCUAAAAGAGGGAAUGAUCCAAAAGAUGGUGGUGUUUACAGCAGCAAAGGCAGCGGCUGAAGCAGAGUGACAAGAAGCACAAAGAUCUGGUGGGGUGGAAAAUCUGCAUUCCUCAAUCGAAACUGCCUGUUCUUUCCAUAUGUGCAAGAAGUUUUCCUCCUAAAGCCUCCUCCCAAUGCCUCUUUCCCCUGUUUGUGGCUCAACACAGUCAAAUUUUACAUUAUAAAAUCAGAAAGUCACAUAAACUCACUGACUUGCAUUCAAGAUUUCACAAGAUCUCCUUCACUACCAUCUGACUAGGUAAAAAUGUUGUGUUCUAGGACUUGUGUGUAUAUAUGAUUAAAAAAAGAAAACUUUGAUUCAACUCAGACUCAGACGACUGUCCUCCAAGACAGUCACUGUUGUAGGAAGUCAGGAUAUUCAUAAAAUUUAAGCAUUUGUUACUAGGUUUAGCUUUGGGUUAUUGCUCUCAUCUCUGUUAGCUAGACACGUUGCAGCACACACGUAUGGCUCUGCAUCUGAGCCAGAAUUCAAGAACAGAAUGAAAACCAGCCUCAAUUAUAAAAAGGAUACAUAUACUCAGAAGUCCUAUUCAGGGCAAUAUUCAACAACAGGUGAUUCACCACCCAAUGCCAUAGUUUUAUAAACACAUGCUGACCACAACAUCUUGAUACAAAAGUUCUACCUAUAACAACAAUGGCAAUACUCAUCAUAUGAAUGUCCUGCAGGAAAAUGUAGGUGGAAGGAUCAAAAUUCAGAUUUAAGUAAUAAUCUUAGAACAACAGGGAUUUAACGUUCAGUUUAAACAUGUUAUAUCUUAAUGUGUUGUACCUUGUCCCCAGGAGCUGCUCAAGAUCUCUGCUUUCAUUCCUUAUCUUUUCCUCUUCGAAUGGCUUAGAUAACAGUCUCAAGCUUGGAAACUGGUUAUUAUAACAUGGGUUAGUCCUCUCUGAAACUCCAUGAGAUGAAGGACUUGGAGUGCUCCUGUAACACAUCAAACAAAAGAUGUGUUAGAGAAAAAGUAGUUGCAUUCUCACAACGAUCUCAGCACUAAAUGGGUUUUCCUAGCUUCUGAAUGUUGUGAAGCACCUAUCUUAGGCUAAAACUUUGGUGGUCUCUUUUGCACCCAGCAGUGUCAGCUCUGUUACUGAGUCCUUGAGUUACUGCAUUGUACCACAUUUCUGAAGCAUCCUACAUUGUCCCUUGUGUGUAAAAUACUAAUGAAAAUGAAUUAAUGCUAUUAGGCAUCAUGAUAAAAUACUCCAUAUUUGUAAAAACAGAAAGGUCAAGAGAUCACAUUAUGUGUCAUCCUCUAUCUGUUUCUUCACAGGCUCUUGGAGGAGCCCAAAAAGAAUGAGAAAGAGGCUUUUGUCAUUAUUCUGGGCACAUUUGAGUUUUCAUUCAUGGACAAGACCUUAGACAUUGAAAGUUCAGUUGUGCUAUUGUAGUAAGAGCACAAGCAGGUCUGUGACAGCUUGUGUGCAGGCCAGUUAUUCUUACAAUAGCAUACAGCAUCUAAUUUAUGUUAAAUAAGGCACAGAGAGAUUGCUGUAAUGAAUGAUAGAGACUGCAGUUCUGUUUUACACCUUGAUUUUGUGUAAGUUGAGAGAAACACUUGUAUGAUAAGUCUUAAUGGAAUAGCUGUAAAAUUUAAGAGACCAUAUUAUACUUGAUGUUAUGCUUGUAUUUAUAUAUCUUUAUGCAUACGUUAUGUAUUUUAUUGAAGGAUAAGUAUGUUAACUGUCCAGUUAUAGAAGUAACAGAUUUAUUAGGGGGAUAUAAAACCAUAUAUCCCUUUUAGGUAUGUCAUGAAUUUCUUGCCCAUGUAGUGAAGAAGCAAUCACCCAUUAAUGACAUGAUCACAGUUUGCCUUUAAUACAGGCACCUUUUCUCAAAAAAACCCCCAGCAACCCAAAUAUCAGGCUGUGAUUUUCUUUUGUGAUUGCUUUGCGUACUUGCACUCAUAAGAUGACUCAUGCCUUUUACUGAUACUAUGUGAAUGCUAUAGAAUAUAUAAACAGUGAAGGGUGAUUAUUAAAUUUCAUCUGUGAGUAUGAAAGUUUCAUAACUCACAGGCAUCACAAAUGCCUUCAGAGUCUGAGUCAUUAAGAUCAGUUGUGAAGAAAAAAAAACCACCUUUUUACUCAUUAAAUACUCAAUUUGUUUUAAGAUAAUUUUUUUUUUUAAAUUGAUCACCUUUCCCAUAAUAGCAGGCAGCUAAUCUGUGUUACUCAGGAAAUUUCUGUCCAUGUCUAUGGCAAUUUUUUUUUUUUCAGCUGCCUCAUAUUUCAGUUUUUGCAGAUAUAGAAUGCAGAAGAGAGCAAGACAUCUGUACAUUUAAGACCCUGAAGAUACCGGAUUUUAUUUAGAUCUUAACUUUGACUUAAAGAGAGGUAAACAACUAGUCCUAACUCAUUUCAGUUAGCCUGCAGGAACACAAGCCAGUGCUGAAGAACAACGUGAAACUAGCGUGGGGAGCUGUAAAGCAUUUCAGCCAUCUUAUUAGGUUGCUAACUCUGAGGACAUGCCUAUACCAUGUAAAUAAGGGCAGACCAGGAGAAUUUGGUCUCUCACUGCACGAUCUUGCUCUGGCACUGGAAGCAGUGUAGCAGUAUUUCUGCAGCCUGUUGGGCUAAUUAGUUCCCUCUUGCAAUGCUGUAGGAGAGAAGGCAAUUAACUGGGCUGAGCAUCACAUUAACACAGCAAUGCUGCCUCGGGGGGGCUGAGCUAGUAUCUCUGCACACUCUUUUGUUCGGACCAAAGAGGUUACUUGGAGCCAGUUUAGGGGUCACAAACGCUGCAUUGUAUUUGACAGGGAUACCUGAAAAGUGAGUUUUUUUCUGGGAUAACAAAGCUGAGCGAACGGCUAGUUGCAUGCCGAAAGGAGCGCUCCCCUCAGAGAAAAUAACUGAAUUAUUUUCUGGCAGAGAAAUAACCUGGUGAAAACAGCAGAUUUCUGUCGUUAGCAGAGCCACCGUCAGGUGAGAUGAGCACCAGAGCUGAGGAAGCGAAACGACGGGAACACACGCGAGCAGGAAAAUGAGGACGUAGGAACGUUCCUUGUGGUGACAGAUGCCUUUUAUAUGAGGUUAAUUAUAAGAAUCUAAAGGAGAGGCUGUCAUGUCACAGGACUGCAACGAUGAGUGGGAGCUGAGCAAAGAGAAUGUGCAGCCCCUCCGGCAGGGGCGUGUUAUGUCCACCUUACAGGAAGCCCUGGCUCAGCAGGAGACCUCCACCCACACUGCUGUUCAGCUCAAAAGACAGGAGUUUGAAUCAGAAAUCCGAUUUUACUCUGGAGAUGAUCCCCUGGAUGUCUGGGACCGGUACAUCAAGUGGACAGAGCAAACAUUCCCUCAGGGUGGAAAGGAGAGUAAUCUUGCCGCAAUAUUGGAAAGGGCAGUGAAAGCACUCAAUGAACAGCAGCGAUACUACAAAGAUCCCCGCUAUCUUAAUCUCUGGCUCAAGUUUGGAGAUUGUUGUAAUGAGCCCUUGGAUCUGUACAGUUACCUACAUAGCCAGGAAAUUGGUACAACACUGGCACUAUUCUACAUCACAUGGGCAGAAGUACUUGAGGCUAGAGGAAGUUUUAAGAAAGCAGAUCUGAUAUUCCAGGAAGGUCUUCAGCGCAAAGCUGAGCCUUUGGACAAACUCCUGUCCCAUCACAGGCAAUUUCAGGCUCGUGUUUCUCGGCAGACGCUACUGGGGCUUGAGGAAACUGCUGAUGAAAAAGAUACGGGUCUUCUGGGAACUGCAGAACCUCAGAGAAGCUCAUUGGCAGAUCUAAAAGGCAGGGGGAAGAAAAAAGUGAGAGCCCCAAUUAGUCGUGUAGGAGAUGCACUUAAAGCCACGAACCAAAACAGAACCUUCCAGACUGUAACUUCUCAGCAGUUUUCAAAUACUCCAGGUUUUGCCGUGUUUGAUGAAAAUUCAGCUUCUGGACCUGAGAUUCCUGUACCUACACCACAGCCGUGGACAGCACCUCCAGCUCCGCGGGCCAAGGAGAAUGAACUAAGCGCAGGACCUUGGAACUCUGGAAGGCGUCCUCGCAGCAGUGCAAAUUCUGGUAUAGAAGUGCCCUGCCCACUGCCCAGUUUCACCCCAUAUGUGGAAGAGUCAGCUCACCAACAAGUCAUGACUCCCUGCAAAAUUGAACCCAGCAUAAACCGUGUUUUAAGUGCUCGCAAACCUGAGAAAGAGGAGGACCCACUACAGCGAGUGCAAAAUUAUCAGCAGGACACUCAAGAAAAGAAAGAGGUGGUGAUGUACUGUAAAGAUAAAGUUUAUGCUGGAGUUGAAGAAUUUUCUUUGGAAGAGAUCCGAGCUGAAAUCUACAGAAAGAAAGCAAAAAAGAAAACUGAAGAGGAGAUGCAGGCCAUAGCACAGAAAAAGGAAGAAAUACAAAGGAAAAUUGAGGAGCUGGAGAAGAAAUUAAAGACGAAAGAAGAUGACAAGCAGCAACAGCUGCGUGAACAGCCAACAGAGAUAACAGAAGCUUCACCACCUUUGGGACUGCAAGGACUUACUUUUUCCUGUGCAACAGAAGUUGGGGAGAAACAGCCUCAGUUGCAAAGUGAAUUCCAGGUCUCUCAAGUUACUGAACUACAUAAACCAUCUUGUUCUGAGGAGCUUAUCCAGUCUCUUGAUGUAUGCCCAGAUACACAAAGGGGAAAUGUGUUUUUAGACUCUGAGGAUGAACAGGAGGAUCAGAGAGAUGAGGCCAACCUUGGAAACAAAGAUGUAGGUCUCCUUCCUCCACCCAAUCCUGCUACAUUUUUCUCCAUAUUUGAUGAAUCCUCUACUUUGGCAAAUGAGAAUAUAAGUUGUUCUGCAGAUCAUAUACAGAAAAGUGCCCGGCGCCCUCUUGCUGUUCGUAAACCUUCAGAUUCUCUAACUGCAAAGGAAAAUGUACCACCAGAAGCUCGUGAUGAGCUGAAUGGAAUUGAACCUUUGUCUGAAGAUGCAAUUGUGACAGGCUCCUACAAGAACAAAACCAUUUGUGCCAACCCAGAAGACACAUGUGACUUUGUCAGGGCUGCCCAUCUGGCCUCAACGCCGUUUCAUGGGGUGUUAGCUCAGAGAGUCCCAGCUCCUGCUUUUUCACAGAGUGUCCUGAAGGAAGACUGUCCAGAAUCUAAGAGUGCACCUCUGAAUCAGGAAACGCUGGUUUGUGAGGGAGUGUACAAUGAAGCUCGUUGUGUAAAUAAACUGAGCCCGAUCAUGGAAGCAAGCCUGGAAGAUACUCGCUUGUCAGGUUCUUCUGUCUCCUCAGGAUCUUCUCUUUCCUCUGUUACACAAAUAUCUACUAUUAAAUACCUGCAAAUCCCUGAGAAACUGGAACUUGCUCAGAGCUUGCCUGCUGAAACGGUUACUGAUUCUGGAGGUAUCAGUGAAAGCAUUACUGCUGAUGAUGUAACACAGUUCUUGUGGAGCGCUGAACAGCGUAAAAAGCUUUUAGAUCCUAUGCCAGAAUCAUUGACUGCUGCUCCAGAUUUUCAUUUGGAGACUGGUGUUCUGCCUGUCAUGGAGUUUGAGAAAGACAUUGAGCUAGGAAAUGAGACUUACUGUAUCAAAUGGGAAUAUUGGAGCAAUGAAGAAUACAAGAUGGUUUUUGCCAUUCCAGCCAACUUUCCCCAGUUGGAUGCAAAGGGAUUUGCAAUAAAGGUGUAUUAUCAGCCUGUGCCUUGGGAUUUUUAUAUCACACUUCAGUUACAGGAGCGUUUGAAUACUGACUUUGACCAAAGCUUCAGUGAGAAUUGCAGCUGUUACUUGUAUCAAGAUGGCUGUGCUAUUUUGCACAGGGAUAUAAAUCGCUUCACGCUUGGGGAUGUUAUUCGUGGCUGUAAGUCCAUGACGGAGGAAGUUAUCCUACUGGUUGUUUAUAAUCUUCUGGGUGUGGUAGAGAAGCUCCACAAAGCAGAGAUUGUCCAUGGAGAUCUGAAUCCAGAGGUGUUCUUUCUGGGAGACAGGAUCUGUGAUCCAUUUGCUAACGAUGAGAUGACAAGAGCUCUGAAGAUAGUGGAUUUCUCUCACAGUCUAGAUUUGAGAUUACAGCCUCGAGUAAGUUUGCCCAACAGCUUUCCCAUAUCUCAGACCCCUCAUGGACAACAGCUUCUGGUGAAAAGUUCUCUUCCUUAUCAGGUAGACCUGGUUGGCAUUGCAGAUAUAGUCCAUUUGAUGCUGUUUGGGGUUCAUGUCCAGGUCUAUCAAGAGAAUUCCAUCUGGAAAAUCAGCCAAAAUGUAUCAAAGACUGUUGACAGUGAUUUCUGGGGUAAACUUUUUGGGAGAAUUCUGAAUGCAGAUGGUAAGUCCACAGUGCCUCUGCUGAGGGAGUUAAGAGAGGAAAUAAGUGGCAUGUUUGACAGCUGUUUCCAAGAACGUCUUUGUGAAUCCUUAGCUGCACUGGGAGAAACCUUCCUCUUGGAGAACUUCCUGUGAUUUUGUAGAGGACAAAUACAUUUUGUAUUAUAGAGAGGAAUUUGUUGUUAACUUUUUAUUUAUUGUUUUUCAAAUGUAAGCAUGAACAGUGAUUGUAGCCAUUUCUGCAAUACUUCACACGGGACUCUCUAAAGAAUGUUGAUAUUGCAUCAGUGUGUAGGUGAUCUCCUAAGCCUGCUACAUGAACUAGUCCAUGUCUGAGCAGCUUGUCAGAGAAAAUUGGUUGUCGUAACUGUCCCCUUUUUGUAUAGCUCCUUAAAAGUGUGUUUAAUACCUAGUUCACACUGCAGUUUCUGAAACAUCUUUGUCCUACGUUUAGUUGGUCUUUUAAUCAGUAUUUCAUCAAUAAAGUUGUAUUUUGAUAGCAACUCUGUCAUAUUAAAUAUUACUGUCAGAUGGUUUCUAAAGACUUGAUUUAGUAUCCAUGAUGGACUGCUUCUGCCUGACUGGGAAUUGUUUGUGACUGCUAGAUACAAAAGCCCUCAUUUGGUGGCAGCUUUCAUAACCACACAGGACUUCCUGGACUCUUGAACACAACUUGAAUGAUUCUACUUGGAAUGUGCUGUCAUGGAUGAUUGUCAUAAGAAAAAGUAGAUGAAGUCAUGAGUGAAAAAGAUGCAUACUUAUAUUUUUGCUUCUCAAUGCGUUUCAUUUACUUCUGCAAGGGCUAGAGUUACUGAAUUGAGCAUCUUUCAGAAAUCUCACUGAAGUCUAAAUUUGUCAUGUGCUGAAGUGUCUGCAGGUUUUUUUGGGAGGUUUUGUGGAUAGAUAUUUGUGUUAACCUUUUAUGCACUGUAUUAUUGAAACCAAUACAAAGGCUUCAUUUUAUUCAAGAGAACAGGAUUUACAGGAUCCACAACUAAGACGCUAUGUACCUUAAGUGUAGAGGAACUUCUCAGACUUGGGAUUUACUUCCUCACAGCUUCUCCCACGUAUGAAAGUGAGAGUAGAAGACUGCAUCACUAGUGGUUUCUUCUCCCUAUAAAACCAAAUUGGCUGUAAGAGUUUUUUCAUUUGGUCAAAUUCUCCGGCCAUGGUUCUGCUUGAUUCUCCCCUGUUUAUCUGUUAUCUCUAAAUUCUGCUCUGGAACUUAAUUCUGUAUUUUCUAAGUUGUUACAAGCUAGCUUCUUUUUUCCUGUUCUUUCUGCAUAUGUCCGUCAAGACUCCUCUUGCUUAGACCUGUGUUCUUUUUGCUCUUGCAGAUACCUAAUACCUUCUUUAUAGUCCAUUAAUGAAGGUUAUAUACUCCUGUAAUUCAGGAAUAGGACUUAAAUGUCCUGAUAGACAAACUUUAAUAUCUAAUGUAAACUGCUGCUGAAGAAUUUUUUUCAUAUGUUAAUGCCUCAAAUAAUGCUUCCUGUAAUGCAAGUCAUUAGUUAGUAAUCUAUUGAGCAAGCAGAUGAAAUAAUGAUCUAUCUCUAGCCAGAGUUUGGAGCAAAGAUCACCGGUAGAGCAACUAGGAGCUAUGCAUUGGACUAACUUCUGUUAGCUCUAAAAGGACUUGCAUGUUUGUUAGUGCUUUCCUUUAGUUGAAAUUUGUUUUCUUUUGCUGAUCUUCUAACUUCCUUUUAGACAAAGUCUGGGGGAUCUCACUUGCUGUCCUCUCACUUUCAGCCUUUUCAGUUUAUAUCCUGCAACACUGAUAUGAAAACCAGGUAGCUAGGAAGAGAACACUCGUAACAAAGUAUUGAUCAUCCCAAGGACUUCUCAGGCAAGGCAUGUUUCCAGUCAACGUGGAACAACUUCACUACCUCUUCACCUAUUUCAUAAAUCUUAUUUACCAGAAAGCUUUUCAGAACAGUCUGAACACACAGAUAAGAGCUCUCAGCAGAAGUUCAGUAAAGGAAAUUUGUUCCUCAGGUCUUUAAAAUCUGUAAGUGAAUCUAUUUGUCUUUACUCUAACGAAGUCUACUUUAAAGCUGAAAUACUCCAUUAUUACUCCUAUGUUGACUUGGCAUCUGUUUUCUUUCUGAGCAAAAAGUGUGCUAAUCCUUCUCCAUCUACUAAGACUACCUUCGAUCAGUUGCAUAAAAGCAUGACUCGUUACUUUUCAUGUAUGUCCCAGACAACACAAGCACCUCAGUUUAUCAUAACUAGAAAAUUAUUGAAACUCCUCUCCUACCCAAUACUGUAAAAUAAGAAACAUUUAGCAAUGGCAUUACAAACUUCUCCAUAAGAAACAAACACACACAAAUAAUGAAGAGGAACUAGCAGCUAUAAAAAGAGCGAGCAGCCAUCUCUCUUCUGCUGCUUGUUCGCAGUUCUACUCUGAUGGAACUCUGCAUCUCUUCCACACAGGUUAGUCUCUGCCUACCCUAUGCUAUAAGUUGAUUGCACCAAUAUGUAAAAGGAGGUCAGGAAGCUCUUUCAGACAUCCCUGUUGUAUCUCUGUUCAAGUUUUGUUCUUGAAGCAACUGGGUGCAACCAUGAUCCAUUACAUUCCUUGGUCUUAUUUUCUUUUGUGCACUCUUAUUCAUAUAAUAAACGAUAUAUUAAAAUCUGCAAUAGCUCAGAUUCCAUCACCAUAUUUUUGUAGUGAUAACCUCACUAGGACUUCUAGGCCUGGCCAUAAGGUAUAAUUUCACCCUACCCUCUACCUCUUGUGGCACUUAUUGUCAUCUUGGUAUCUGUAGAUGCCUCUUUUCCUCUGAAGAUGUUAGGACAAUUUUGAUCUCUAAGCAUCUUGUGGGCAAGGCUGGUGUCUCUUCUAUUUCAUGACUGGUCUAUUACAAUCAUGGCCUGUGAGAUCUCAGAGCAUGUCUGUCUUUUGCACAAUGAUUCAAAAAGUGAUGCUUAGGAAAAACUUGUCUAAGGUUGGAGGCAGACAGUUACUUUAAAAAAAAAAAAAAAAAAAAAAAAAAAAAACAAAAAACAAAAAACCCAAACAACCAAAACCAAAAACAACCGAAAAACAAACCUACAACAUGGCUUCAUGCCUGCUAAUGUGUGCUUUGUAACAGAGGGUAAAUAGGUUUGAUCAUGUUCAGUUACCAGAAGGUAAUACCACUGGCAUCUGGAAAGGAAGGUGCCAAGUUGACUAAUAUUUCCUGGGGGAAAUGCCACACGCUUGAAAUCUGACAUAUCUAUUCUACUUGUCUUUGGUUCUUCUGUGUGUGAUGUGAAAACAUCAAACUCUUAUUAAAAUAAAAUAAAGGCUACCUUGCCUAAGUAAACUGCUUUCAGCAGAAUGACAUUUCUUUGAUCGUACAGUUGGUGGAUAUAACACAAGUUGUGUGGUGUUUGUCAAUAUGAAUCUUGGUCAAACAAAGCGCCUACUGAAUUUGGCAAAUCUGUGGUUAAAUUUCAGAGUUGGAAGAGCUCUGUUGUAAAUGUAGGCGAUGACAAACAGAAUUGUAGAAGGAGAUAUACUAUUUCAGUGUCCUAGAAAACCAAUUAUUCUUAAAAGAAAAA